UUAAAUGGCUAGCAUGUCGUUUAUCUGGUGAAAAUCAGAAAACACAACCUGCCGACCCCCAAGUAAGGGCGAUCCUCUGACUUGUAACCAGUUAAAUGAUUAAGUUCCAAAAUACCUAUCUAAGUCAUGGCACAUUACCUUUUGAUCAAUGCUGAAUUGAUUGUCAAUCUGAUCUAAAACGUGGGAUAUGAUGUUUCAUUGAUCUACCGAUCAAUUGAAUCCAGAAUUUUUCAUCCGAUUCAUUUAACCAUUCGAUCUCAGUGAUCUAUGAACGAUGUUCAAGGCGGCUAGCACAGCGCCAAAGCGUCAACCGGAUCUGAAUUUACCGUCUCUGAAGCGUCAUGCUCGCAGCAACAUUCAGAAAACUAUACAAGAAAUAGAAGGAUAUGUGUCAACAGAGGAAUUAGAGGCUGCUAAAUUGGAAUAUGUUGGACUGGUGCAGGCUGAACAGUUGCUCAAAGAGCGAUAUCCCCAGCUGUACCAAGAUGUUUUAAUCUCUGGAAUCAUGGAAACACAGAAAAGCCCUCGUCAUGGCCCAGAGAUUGGUCCUAAAAGCAAACUCAAAGAAGUUCUGAUGACUGCAUGCCGGGAACCCAGUAUCAAUAAAUACACUUCCGGAACUGCGCUGUACGAGUACAAUUCACUCAAAAGAUCCGAGAAAAUGCUAAUAAAUAUGCAAAAUAAAGUGGAGUUACCUGCGCGAUACCUUCCCAAAAGAAUGACAAUUAUGGAGGUGUCUCCCCGGAACAAGCAUGGUAAGAAGACUUCUCGCAGUGAACCCAGCAGGCGGUCGCUGACAGGGUCCUCAAUCAGUGACUACGAGGACGUCCUCAGGACAGUGGAAUUCCAGCAGUCUAAGAUUGACCAACUCACCAAAAGAUUGGGUGGUGGACCAGAAGAUGAUGAGACAACACUCAGCAAAGUCCUCAAAAUUACCAAACGAUUUAAAAACAUCCGGGACAACGAGUAUGAACGUGCUUAUCACGAAAUGAACUUAUGGAACCAAGGAAAAGACAACGAAAUUAUGUACAACCUCAUGAGAAUUAUACGGUAUGCGUAUUCGUUCUGCCAAACCGCCGCUUAUGGACAGCUACUGGAUUUGACCACAACCUCAGCAGUGCCCUUAUUACAACCCAUCAAACUCCCGUAUCUGGAAAGUUCCCCAACACGAGAACAGCGUCUGAUGUUAUCAUCAAAGGGGAUGAAAUACGUCAAAGGGUUGCGUCAAGAAGUGGCAACGAUAUCGGUGCCUCAGCUUUGCAAGAAAUUCAAAGAAACAACGAUUGAAAAGGACUUUCGUUGGGAUCAUACAAAACUACCAAGUGUUCUUAAUGACUACAUAGACAAGUGCAUAGAAACUGUAUGGCUAAUGUGUGUCCAGGAUCCACCCAUGGCUCUCAUUUGGCCGUCUGAGGGCGAUAGAGUCGAAACGGACAAAUACGACUUUUAUUCAGAUAGUGGAAAGUAUGUGUCGAUGUGUGUCUGGCCUGCAGUUCUCAUACAAGAAGGACGAAAGGUUUUAGCAAAGGGUUCAGUUAUAGCAGCGAAAAAGUGAAGGCACUAAAUAUAGCAAUUAGCAAAUGCUAUUCAUGUGAAAUAUCUGUAGGCAAUCCAGAUUUCUAGCAAUGUCAUUGAUAGUGCAUGUGUUUCCGUAUUUUUUCUCUCUUUUCUUUCUACGUAAUGCAGACAACAUCCAUUAAUGACUCUAUACUGUACAUGUAAAUAUUGAGCUACAUCAUAGUUUUGCAAGUAUCGUGAUUAUACCAUCAUAACAAGCCCAUCUUUAAAGAAAGAUCAGAGUGCUAACGGCACAUCUAUUGUCUACUAUAUGCAAGUAGAGGGUAUAAGAUAAUUCAAUUUCUACUAUAGCAAUUCAAAGUACUAUUUUAUUUUUAAGACCUUUAUUUUCUACAAGUAACGUUUAGGAAUUUUAUUGGCUGGUUUGUAUUACAAGUCAGAGAGGUAAGAUAUUCAAUAAAUAAAUCAUGGUUGGAUAGUCUUUAUGAUUAAUACAAAGUAUUCAAUUUUCAAUAAAUAAAUAUAUAUUAUGAAUAAAUAAUAAUCGGCAUACAUGCAUGUGACUAUUUUCUAAGGGUGUUCAUGAAUAAAUGUAAUUUAGUUUACAUCAUGUUUUUUUAGUUUAAAAUUUAUAAAUAUUCUUCAUUGCGAAGUAAGAAUGUAUGUAUUAAGCAUGUUAAAUUGGGGGUUGGAGUUGGGUUACUUCCCCAAUUUUUCUGACAAAGACCAUAUCCUUAUCAUUUGAUAUAGUCGUUAUAACGAUCUAGUUCGUCAAUACAACCUACCAUUGGGUCAAAUGCUGCCUGACGUGUUUCAUACCGAUUCGAUUGUACAUGAAGGUCAUUCUUGGCACAAAUUUUGACUACAGAUAACUCCAUUUAUCUGAUCGUGAUAUAGGCCCCACUUCUCCUAGGCACCUGUUCCCACUUCUGGUGUGUCCAGGGGUCCGUGUUUGCCCAACUAUCUAUUUUGUAUUGCUUAUAGGAGUUAUGAGAUUGGUCACUGUUGGUUAUCUUCACCUUUCAUGAAAAUGCAUGUAUAUAUAUCCGGAUAGUGUCCUCUCCGCACUUAGUAGAAAAAAUACUUCAAAUUUGGUAGAGUACUGAAGAGACGACUUCACGAUUUUAGAAAUUCGGGACUGGUACAGUAACCCUCUUGUAUUUUAACAUCAACUCCACCCCCCGAUUUUUUGUGAAAUCAGUGCUAGGCUAAAUGAACACUUUUUCAUUUUUUUUCUUUUAUAGAAAGGAAGAAAACACAUGUAAAGAAACCACAUGCUGUUUAUUAUAUAAAUUAUUUUCAAUGGUACACAAAGCUAAAUAUAUAAGCAUAAAACAUGACAAUAGAAAUUUUUCCUUGACUUUAAGGGGACAGUAAUUUUCUAGCGCAAUGUCACGGAAAUAUCCGAAAGCAAAUCCUUUGUUUUCUCAGAGACAUUGGUCAAUGCCAAGCAAGGAUUUUUACCACGUGACGUUGCGAAAACGGCCGAGAACAUUGAUUUUCUAGCAUAAAGUCACGAAAAAGGAGAAGUUAUUUUAUUCAAGGGAACAUAUACAUGUAUAUUGAUCGAUCGGACAAAUAGCCUGUUGUAUUGCAAAUAAAGUUAAGAUCUGAAGACUAGCUGCAUUAAUUAUUGCUAGUCUUGUAUUUUAAACAUUACAAGUAUAAUAUUUAUCAAUGUUGUCAAUAUGUAAAACAAUGUAAUUUUUAGGCUGCUUUUUGUGACAAUAUGUAGCCCAAAGAAUAAAAAUCAGAUAGCUACA